UAGAAGACAAGAAGCACUCGGUGUUCUAAUUAAAUAAUUCUAAAGAUAUUUAUCAUGUGAUGAGAAGAUGAAUUGGCAGAGAGAUGUCUUGGCAAUGUGGUAAUCGUGAAAACCUCUGAAGAUCGGUAGGUGGAACACAUAAAAAAAAUGCAGCCGACAAUCUCCGAAAGUAGUACUUCUUCCAAUUUCACCAAACUCCUUGGAGGGAGGAAGUGUGUGCCCUGCCAGGGAAUUCCCAACGGGCGCUGCGCCCCUCCUGCUUCCCCCACCUUCAAGGAGCAAAAUGUGGUGGAUUUCAAAACGAAAGAUAUCCAGUCUUCCAUGAAUGCCACAGGCACACUGCCUCAUGUACACCGGGGCUGUAACCGAUUCGGUACACCCAGCCACAGUGCUUUCUUCAACAGGAACAACCCACAAACCCAAAGAGUGCAGCAUAUAAAGGGCAUCUAUGGGCAGCCUGUGUGUUGUGUCAAUGACAUGGUACUUGGGCGCCAGGCAACAAUGUGCCUGGGACGACCUUUGACCCCUGAGAGCAACCUGAUUCUCUAUGGGAAGAUUGCAACCUCUGCUAUUGGUACCAAUACCAGUGCCAUGCCCAUCAACACCAUCACUGGCCUGCAGUUUUUUCCUGUGAAGCAGAUGGACACACCUACACUGAAACUGCUAACAGAUGCAUGGAGAGCUGAACUGAAGGAGUUGAUAGAGAAAGCUGGACUUCUAUUACCAAGCAAGGGCUCUAGAGGCCCCUCCCCCAGUAGAAGCUCGUGGCUUGGCGGUAAUGUGGAAGAGGACCAGGAGAACAAGUUAGAGCUCAUGCUUGUAGACAUCCUCUGUCAGAUUCUGGAGGUGAAGUCCAUCAGAGAGGUGCAGAUGUGGCUGCUGACUGCAGGCCAAAGAGAGAAAGACCAUAUGGCAAACCUGUUGUCUGGUGUCAUGGAACAAUACCAGCCUCAGUCACCAAACAUUGACACAUCAGCCAUUGAGAAGGAGAAGAGUCAGGUGCUGGCAGUUGCCAUACCAUCAACACCCAUGGACGAUGAUGAUGAUGCUCAGCACUUCAGCACUCCAUCACCUAUGAUUUCAAAUAGGCCUGCUCGAGUAAAUUUAACAGACCAUGUUACUAGUUCAGUGGAGAGGAGCCUGUCCAGCCCUGCUGUGUGCCACCUCCAGUCUCCCCAAAAGCUGGUGCUGCGCUACACCAAGCGGCUACCCACCCCUCAGCCUCCUGCAGCCGGCAGUCUCUUCCAUGAGCAGUGGUCCACUUACAGCCCUGACAUCUGAACCUUUAUCUUAAGACUGGCUAAUUACUGUGUGCACUCUCUAUUAUGUCACACUAUUAGGCCCUACUGUAUGUAUAACAGAUGAACAGUAAAAUGCCAGACAUUCUUUCCCAUCAAACAAAAGCAUUAUG